AAAAUACAACUAAAACUUUCCACUCUUAUUUUAUUACUCAAAAAUUGUUUUUAAUUCUUAGUAAUUUCUAGUGUUCUACUAAUCUUGUUCAAUGGCAAGCAAAUUGCUGACAUGUUCUGCUGCUUCAACUCUGGUAUCGAACAGGGCCUCAUCCUACCCAUUACCAAUCGGGCUGGGCCUAGGUUCUGGGCUGCCACCAAAACCGUCAAUUAGGAGGACCCCUUCUUCAAGGCCCUCUUUGGUGGUGAAAGCCCAACAGGGAAUUGAGCCAAUGUCAGGUGAAAAGUUCCACCAAAAGGUUGCACUACUUAACACCUCUCCUUAUGUGCGAACUCCCUGGAAUACUUCAGAGGACGAGCACGAGAUCAGGAUGUGGUUCGACAUGCCAGGACUCGCAGCUGAGAACUUAGAAGUUGAAACUGUGGAUGAUUUGCUUGUCAUUAGAGGUGACGGUGGCGUCGACGCGUUCGGAAACAAGAUCUUGAGUCCAUAUGAUAGCAGGGUUCAGCUUCCAAACAACUCAUGGAAGGAAGAAAUUACUGCUGUGUUCAAGAAUGGUGUGCUCUACAUUACUGUCCCUAAGAUUACCAAGUUUGAGCACAAGAUUAUCCAUGUUCCUGUUAGAGCCAUUCAGUAAUCAUCAUAAUUUAUUGCUCGUGAAAUUAAUUAAUUAAUUUAAUUAAUUAAUUAAUUAAGUAAUUUAUUAAUUGGUCUUCUAAACUUUAUGGGAGACGUAUGGAAUGUUUUAUUAAGAUCUUAAUUUGCUUUGAAUUAAUGUACGUGUAAAAGAGAAGCUCAAAGUGCUCAACUCUAAGUUGUACGGCUCACUUGCUUGAUGUGGCUACGUACCUAUUAUAAUAAUAAGACAAUUGAUCGCUGCGAUCGAUAUAUUCUGUUAA